AUGGACAGGAGCGAGGCCUACAACAGCGACGCCCACGCAGCAUUCAGCGCGCUCGACCCUCCCAUCCCGGUCCUUGGAGAUGCGGACGAAUGGGGGGCCUGGGAUGCCGUCGGGGACCCCGUAUUGCACAUACAGCUGCGAGAUUGGGCCGACAUGUUGCUCGUGGCGCCGCUAUCCGCCAACACGCUGGCCAAGCUGGCCAACGGCUUGUGCGAUAACCUUGUGAAACUGAACCUUCAAGUUUCGGUUCUACUUCAAGGCAUUUAUCCGCCUUGA